AUGAAUAGAGAGAUGGUGUUGAAGGAAGUGGAGAGGGACAGACUUGAGAGGAUGAAGAGGGAGGAGAAGAAGGAGCAUGCAAAAAUAAAUCAGAUGAAGGAUGAAGAGUUGCUGUUGAUGGAUAUUAGAAUGAGGGAAAGGGAGAGAGAGAUGGAGGAGGAAAGGAGGAGGUUAAUGGAAAAAUCUGAGAGGCAAAAGGUAGAGAAACAGAUGGCGCUCCAGAAGAAAAGACAGGAGGAGAGAGACAAGUGGGAGAUAUCUGAAAAGAAGAGAGUGGAGGAAUGGAAAGAGUUUUACUGGAAGGAAGAAGAAAACCGAAAGGAAGAUGCAUGGAUGAAAGCAGAGAGGAAGGCAACGAGAAAGGUGGAAGAAGCAAAUAGAAAGGUGGAAGAAGCAAAGAGAAAGAUGGAAGAAGCAAAGAGAAAGGUGGAAGAAGCAAAGAUAAUGAUGGAAGAAGCAAAGAGAACGGUGGAAGAAGCAAAGAGAAAGGUGGAAGAAGCAAAGAGAAAGGGGGAAGAAGCAAAGAAAAAGAUGGGAGAAGAACAACAGAUGCUGAAAAAGCAAGCCAGGCUAACGGAGACCCUGAGCGAUAGAAAAAGAAGAGACGGGGAAGAGAGAAAGGAAGAUGAAAAUAAGUGUGUGAAGGAAGCAAGGGAAGGAGACAGGAGAGAGCUCCUGAAAGAAAAGAGACUAAGUGCAGAAGAAAAUAUGACACACAUGGAGAAACAAAUGAGAGAGCUGGAGGUCAAAGAUUCCUCCAUCUUCUCAGCUGGUGCUGAGGUCAAACAGACCCAGUGCAAAGAUGUCUCCAUGGUUACUGCAACUGAGUCAAAGACUCUGAACCCUCAGAAGGACCAGCCAGCAAAGUGCAAAGAAUUCUCUGUGUUUUCCACGAGCAGUCAAGGCGUGGCCAAGGUCCCCCAGGUUCUGCAGGUCAAAGUGAGUAAUAAAAGUGAGAGUGUCCAAAAGAAAGAUGGGAAUGACAAAGUAACAGCGCCAAAGACAGAGGCAGAGCUCCUUAUGGACAAAUUUGAGAGGAUGGCAGAAGAGGAGAGAAUUUGGCCUUGUCAGAAGGAUAGGAGAGAUAAAGACCAGGCCAAAGAGAUAGAGGGAAAGAGAAAGGAUAAGGAGGUGCUGUCUAAAGAAGAGCAGCGCAGGCUGAGGAAUGAGAAGGCCUUACAGGAACACCUGGACAGGGUAAAGAAUCCGGAAUUGACAGGCAAACAGACCAGACAACCACAAUGUAAAGAUUACUCUAUUUUCACUGCAUCAGGGCUAAAGAGCAAGGACCCGCAUGAUCAACAGUCAGCAAAAUGCAAAGAUUUAUCCAUCUUUUCAGCUGAUGCUCAGACGCAGCAGUGCAAAGAAUUCUCUGUGUUUUCCACGAGCAGUCAAGGCGUGGCCAAGGUCCCCCAGGUUCUGCAGGUCAAAGUGAGUAAUAAAAGUGAGAGUGUCCAAAAGAAAGAUGGGAAUGACAAAGUAACAGCGCCAAAGACAGAGGCAGAGCUCCUUAUGGACAAAUUUGAGAGGAUGGCAGAAGAGGAGAGAAUUUGGCCUUGUCAGAAGGAUAGGAGAGAUAAAGACCAGGCCAAAGAGAUAGAGGGAAAGAGAAAGGAUAAGGAGGUGCUGUCUAAAGAAGAGCAGCGCAGGCUGAGGAAUGAGAAGGCCUUACAGGAACACCUGGACAGGGUAAAGAAUCCGGAAUUGACAGGCAAACAGACCAGACAACCACAAUGUAAAGAUUACUCUAUUUUCACUGCAUCAGGGCUAAAGAGCAAGGACCCGCAUGAUCAACAGUCAGCAAAAUGCAAAGAUUUAUCCAUCUUUUCAGCUGAUGCUCAGACGCAGCAGUGCAAAGAUUUCUCUAUGUUUUCCACGAGCAGUCAAGGCGUGGCCAAGGUCCCCAGGUUCUGCAGGUCAAAGUGA